GUUAGGGAAGUGACGUCGCAAUUGGAUAGGGAGCUCUCAAAUGUUGCAAGAGGGAUAAUAUGCUUCUCAUUUGAUUAUUUUUUUUAAUAACGACAGGAAUUUGCAAUUCGUCAAAGUAUUUGAGGUAUGAAUUGGAUAGGUGCCCUUGUCGUGCAAGCAGCAACUGAAAUACCGGUGUCGACGUCGCGUAGCCAGCUGCUGCCAGGUUCAUACGAUGGCGACAAGGCUGAGCGGCUUCGGGAAGACCUUUGGAUCUGUUAACGUUAGCCGGAUUUAUACUUUAUUUCUCCUGUUUUUAGUUGUACAGUGUCAUAUUUGUAAACAUGAAGUACCUCAUCGUUCAGAGGUAAUUCACAAAGUGUAUCUAAAACCAGAAAGACUCACUAAAAGGAGCAUCGAUCAGCAAUUAGAUAUAAAGAUAAUUUAUGACCAAAGUGUUGAUAGGCUACCUGAAGACCAAGGGAAACUUGUGAAGGAAAAGCUAUUUCCUCAAGCAAUCGAUUAUCUUCAGAAAGCAUUCAGAGUCCGAAGACGAGCAGGCCCUGUACUACUCAGCAGACAAUGUGCAACCAAUCAGUACUUGCGGAAGAAAGAUGACCCUCAUCGUUACUGCCAGGGAGCCUGUGCACAGGUCACCAGAUGUGGACCAGUGGUUGUUCCAGAGCACCAUUUGCAGCAAUGUAAAGUGUGCAGCGAGACGGGCAAGUCGUGCGGGCCGGCCGGGCCCCCUGAUGGAGACGGGGUGGAGGGGGCGGACUUUGUGCUGUACGUGAGCGCCGUGACCACGGAACGCUGUGGGCAGGAGAACAUUGUGGCCUAUGCAGCCUACUGCCAGCUGGAGUCUGAACUGGACAGGCCCAUCGCUGGUUAUGCCAAUCUGUGCCCCCGUAUGAUCUCCACCCUACCUCAGGAGUUUGAAGGCAUGCUGUCCACGGUCAAGCAUGAGAUCAUACAUGCCCUGGGUUUUUCAGCAGGGCUCUUUGCAUUCUAUCAUGAUGAUGAUGGGAAACCACUUACCCAGCGUUUUGCGAGUGGCUUACCAGCCUUCAAUGAGAGCUUAGGACUGUUCCAGUGGAGCGAUAAGGUGAUUCGGAGGGCCACGCGACUAUGGGACAUUCGCGGCCAGCGAAUGGUCCGGCACGAAGUCUACCUCUUGGUGACCCCACGCGUGGUGGAGGAGGCCAGGAGGCACUUUGACUGCCCCAUCCUGGAGGGCAUGGAGCUGGAGAACCAGGGGGGGAUGGGGACCGAACUCAACCACUGGGAGAAGAGGCUGCUUGAGAAUGAAGCGAUGACUGGAUCUCACACACAGAACAGAGUGUUCUCAAGAAUAACGCUAGCCAUAAUGGAGGACACUGGGUGGUACAGAGCAAACUACAGCAUGGCAGAGAACUUGGAAUGGGGCAAAGGUUUGGGAUGUGACUUUGUCAUGAAGAGCUGCAAAUUCUGGAUGGACCAUCAGCGGCGGACGAGGCGUAGUCUGACCCCAUACUGUGACUCUGUGAGGAGCACACCCCUCCAGCUUACCUGCAGGCAGGACCAGCUGGCCGUGGCCGUGUGCAACCUGCAGAAAUACCCACUGGCUCUCCCCCUGGAGUACCAGUAUUUUGACCAAAUUGCUGGUGUGCCAUCGUCGGAGCUGCCCUCGUACGGUGGUGCUGUAGAGAUCGCAGACUUCUGCCCGUUCAGUCAGGAGUUCAGCUGGCACCUGAGUGGGGAGUACCAGCGCAGCUCCUAUUGCCGCAUCCAGGAGAACCAGCCAGACGCAUGGAGGAAUUAUGGGGCAGAGCAGUAUGGGCCCAACUCAGUGUGUCUGUACCAGAAGUCCCCCUUCACCAUGGAGCAGUGCACCAGACGCAUGACCUACCCCGACUGGGGCAGCGGCUGCUACAAGAUGUCCUGCUCUGACCAAGGGCUGACAGUGUGGGUGCAAGGCCAGUCCUUUCUGUGUGGGCAAGCUGGCCAGCUCCUCAAUAUCAACGUGCGCUCCAACGACUGGGUCUACAGCGGCAUGCUGGUCUGCCCUGCCUGCUCAGACUUUUGCGGCUCCUGCCCACUCCCACACCAGCUGCCGCUAAUCAACAACACACGGAGCGCUAAGAUUGACCCCUGCUCCAGCUCCUCCGGCCUGGUGGUGACUCUCUGGCUGCUGCUGUUAAACCUCACCCCCCUCCUGGCUGGGUACCUCCUGUGUGGCUAACAGGGGUUAGCCCAUCUCAUGAGCCUGGAGGGAGUCCAACCCGAGGGCCAGCUCCCAGCCCGUGAACUACUGGGACCCCGAUCCUGCUGCAGGGGGAGAGAACCUGAGUGCAGCAGGAUCUCCGCAAAGAACAGCAGUUCACAUCCAUGGUCCCAACUGUAACAAGCAGGGAGGUACACCCAUCAGAGCCUGUGGCAGAGAGAUGCUGUGGGAAAAGCCAUUGAUUGCACUCCUUUAUAAUCUAGCUAAGUGCCAGGAUGUCAUAGUUCACUGUCAGAAGCCAUAGGCUCCAGGGCUGGAGAGAGGCAGGUGUUCUCUUGAUGCGCAAGGUGCUAAAUGACGUCCAACUGUCCAUCCAUCCCCAGGGAGAAGGUAGCAUUUUCUACAGUACUGGGGACAUGUCAGGCAAAUACCCUGUCCUCCUGCUGACCAAGAGUUGUGCUUUUCUGUUGAGGGAGAAAUAUACAAACUUUGUUUUCUAUGAUUCUGAUGGAUUGGUAUGAAAGUUGUUCUGUAAUUGUGCAUUGGGUAAACAAAAAUGGUGGCUAACACUAUCUCCUAACAGGAUGUGAUGCGAGCAAAAUUUACCGAUAAAACAGACAUACAAGACAGCCGCUUGCCCGGAUUCUAUUAGGAUAUGGUAUAAGACUCUAAAAUGUGCUGAGUUUUUGAAGAUGUUUAAUGUUGUUUGGUCUGGAAACUAGUGGUAUGUGUGUGUAUAAUGUGAGUUGUGUGCCUGAGAUUAGGCAAGUACCGUAAAACAAAUAUGUGAAUGUGAAGGACAUCAAGUUUAGCUACAAAUGGGACAAAAGAUUUUAGAUUUGAAUCAUGGUUCCUCAUGUUUUCCUUGGUUGAACAACCAGUAGUUCUGUUCAGUCAGAUCCUUAUGUUAUGUUGAUCCCAAAAUGUGUAGUGACACUCAUCUGUAGUUACGUUUUGUUCAGUGGAGUUGGCUGAAUAUAAUUUUUAUCCUGCACUCCAUCCAGCUGUUGAACAUUUGAACUGCUGAACAUUUAGAAAUGUAGAGAUGUUAAACAUGUCAAUUGCCUCAAGUUCUAGAGUAAAGUUAAACCGCAGAGGCUCAAAACUUCUGCUGUUUGUUUACAAAGAAUCAACUUGCUCUCCUCCUUGCAGACUGUUUAAUUCUUGACCUUUUUUCCACCCUUAUAUUAAGCUAAUUUAUUUCUACAUUUCUUUCCAUGUAUCAAGAUGAAGUAUCUUUAGAAACCCAGUGGAGAUAUAAAAUCGGCCACACGGAUGGUUAUGCGGUGGCAGCUAUGCUGACAUACUUUGUGUUGUUUACAGUUGAAGGAGAAACCCUAUUCCUGAACUGCUAACAAUGGGUCAGGAGGCAAAUGAAGUUGCACAGAUUAUCAGAAUGUUACUUUUCAAUUUUUUUAUAUUAAUUAUUUAUUUUUAAUUACAGCAGAAAUUGAUUUUAUGGAAAGGGCUGGCACGAUACUUGCAAUGAUUUAUGUGUAUACGUAUGUGUGUGUAUAUAUAUCUAUUUAAACCCCAGCCCCCCACAUCAACUGCUUUGCCAGUAGUGAUUUUUAUCGCACAGAACAAAUGAGCCUUAAUAUGCCAGGAGUCCAGUUCUAUUGAGAACAGUGGCCGUUUAUUUAGGAAUUCUGCACCACAAUGCCUACCAAUCAUGAUAUCUUUUUUUUUUCUAAAUGAUUUCUAAAAAAAGUGGUAAUGUGGUAGGUUCUGAACAUCUCUGUUGUGUUUUUGUUUUCAGAUACAUUCUGAAAUGUGGGAGUAUCCUCCCAUAUGACUGACUAAAUGGAAGGACCACAUUUUCAUGUGUAGUGUAGUUCACAGAGAUUAAUUCAGUGUUUAUUUCCCCCCCUGUAUUGUAUUUGUGCAUUUGUAUAAAUUAUUGUAAACACACUUACUAGUUUGAUUAUGCUCAUCCAACUCUGACCUCUGUUACUGUAUUAUUACAUCAUAUAAUAAUUGUUAAUGCUAUUGAAAGUUGAAUUCCCCUCUUGUUGGUUAAUUCAGGACACAACGUUAUAUGCAGUGUUUUACUUGUUAUUCUUGUCUGGCGCUGAUGUGAAUUAUAAUAUUAUCCCUGAUCUGACAGAAUUAAUGGAGACCUCUGAUGACGAUUGUGAGCUAUAUUUUAUUGAAGCAUUUGUAACAAAAAAGUUCUGAUGGCUCUACAGUAGAAGUGUGUGUGUGUGUGUGUGUGUGUGUGUGAGAGAGAGAGAGUGAGAGUGCAUACCGUUUUAUAUAUACAGUAAUCUAAGGGUUUAGAUCAUGUCUCUUACAUUUUACUUGAUAUGUGUAACAUUGACAUGAUCUCUUUGGUUUUACAAUUAUUUAUUUUUUUAAUGUGAUAGAAAUGUGUGAUAUAAUUUGUGAUGUACCAUAGACAUCUUUUUCAUUUUUAACAAAUUUAUUUGUGUGGCCAGUAGAAUUUGUUUGCUUAGCUGAAGAGAUUGAUAGUCUAACAGUACUUUGUGGUGGAAGAUACUGGCUUUUCUUUACUAUAUCUGUAUAGAUUGCAAAUUAAAGAAAUUGUUAAAGUAAUAAAAUUUACUUUUUCUCAGGCAUUCUUUGAGGCCAAGAAAAAAUGAUUCUGUACUUUCAAACAGCCAUUCAACAUUUUCCCUUUUUCCAUGUCUUCUGUCUUAAGAUAUUUAUAACUGAAUAAAAAAUUUGUCUCUGAA